GACUCUGAUGGUUCUGAAAGGCUCCUGAGAUCCAACCGGGUCGGUUCUGAAACCUGGAGGAAUCGGAUCAAUAAUCAUUAUUUUAUUAUUAUUUAUGUCGCAGCGCCAUGUUUCUGCCCCCCCUCCUCCCCCGCAGUGGGCCAGUCCGGAUGAGGGGGGGAAGGGGGGCGUGUUGUGACCGCGUGCGCGCGCGUGCCCGUGCGGUAUAUGUGGGAGUGAACAGCAGCAGCAGGAGCGGAGUCUUGGGUCGGAACCGGAGCCGCUGGAUGGUUCUGCUCAGCGGGACGCGAACAGGCCGGGGUCAGAGGUGGAGAAGCAGCUGAUUAGUGAGUCAGAGCAGAAUGAGCUGUUCUGAUCGGCCCGACGAGCCCAGAAAGCAGAACAGAGAAGCUCCUGAUGUAGAGAUGAUCCGCCUUUUCUCUGUGAGGAACUGACCAAUCAGCAGGCAUGAUGAUGCCCAAGCAGCCGGCGCAGACGUCUCCCGGCAGCGUCCUGUCGCUCAGAGGGACCGGCGUUCCCGGAUCGCCCGCCGCCGCCAUCGUGGCCAGGGUGGAGGACGGCGUCAUCGGCUACAAGGACCUGGCGGCCCUGCCCAGAGACAAAGCCAUCCUGGACAUCGAGAGACCCGACCUGAUGAUCUACCAACCGCACUACAGCUACAGCCCUCUGGAGAGGUCUUUGUCUCCUCGCUCCGUUUCUCCUCCUGCCUCCCCAGAGAACUCGUCCAAGGAGUCCAGGGACUGGCUGGAGAACCGGUCGCCUGGCGGUUCUUCACCCGGUUCCACCAUCCAGAGCAGCAGAACCCAGAGCUCACACACACCGCCGGCGCUGAACACACCCAUUGCCGCCAACACACACCCGGCGGGCAGCAAGAGCGCCAUGCAGCAUUUCCACCGACCCGAAAACGGAUCCAACAUCUAUAAGAAGCCUCCCAUCUACAGGCAGGACGUCUCGUCCUCGCCCGUCCCUCAGGGGAAACACAUCGAGGAUCUGAUCAUCGAGUCGUCAAAGUUCCCAGCAGCUCAGCCUCCAGAUCCCAACCAGCCGUCCAAAAUCGAGACCGACUACUGGCCCUGCCCCCCGUCACUGGCCGUGAUCGAGAAAGAGAGUCAGAGGAAGGACCAGCAGGAGGAAGAGGAGGAGGAUGAAGGGGAGCUGGAGGACGAGCUGUGGGGCCUCCGGGCCCUGCAGAACCAGGAGCUGAACAAGAUCCAGUCCAACCUCGGGAAAAUCCUCCUGAAGGAAGAACUGGGGAAGUCUGCGGGUCCGCUGAGGAGGAAGACCCGUUCACUGCCGGACCGGAACCAGAACACCGGCUCCGGCGCCUCCAGGUCGGUGUAUUUCCCAGCAUCCUCCAGGAGCGGCCUGUCCCGGCUGCAGUCUGCAGAGUUCGGCUCCGCAGAGAAAAACCCGGCAGGCCUGCAGAACGGAGACUCCAGGAUAGACCGGGGGAACUCCCUCCCCAGCAUGCUGGAGCACAAGAUUUACCCGUAUGAGAUGCUGGUGGUGACCCACAGAGGGCGCAGCAAGCUGCCCCCCGGGGUGGACCGGACCCGCCUGGAGAGACAUCUGUCCCAGGAGGAGUUCCUCAGCGUCUUCAGGAUGCCCAUCGAGGACUUCGACCGCCUCUCCCUCUGGAAGAGGAACGAGAUGAAGAAGAAGGUCUGUCUCUUCUGACCUUCCCGGGACUACGCUUCCCAGAACCCCCUGCUCCUCCCGGACGGCCCGGCGGGAAGCGGGACGGACUGCGGCCGGGUUCUCCGGACCGCCGGACUCUUGGGUCCACAAGGACGGCUUGGGGCGGGCUGUCGGGGUUCUGCUGCGUCACUUUAGCGUCACCAGCUUCACUAAACUAGCUAGCGCACAAACUGUCCGGCUAACGGGAGAAGACCCAGCUGCUGGGUUCUGGUUCUGAAUCCUGGAAUCCGCCACAAACAGCAGAAAAAGUCUCAACAUUCCUCUGACCCCAAGUCAGUUCCCACAGCGUCCCUGACGGGGCCUCCUAUUGGCUAAGCCAGCGAUGAUGUCACAAUAACGGCGUUUCUUUCCCAGCAGUGAAGAAGAAAAACGAGGUUUGAAGAUGAUGACAAACUGGAGCCGAACCUGCAGACCGAAACACGUUAACAGCUAGAAUAAUGAUUGAUUAUCCGCAUGAAUAAUCGAUUCUUUUCAAAGAUUACAUGACUGUCUUGAUGAAUAAUCAAUUAUUCGUAUGAUUAAUUGGUUAUUUCAAACAAUUAAUCUAUCGUUUUGACAAAUAAUCAAUUAUUUGGACAAAUCUAUUAUUCCAAUGACUAAUCUAACAUUCUGCUAAUUGAUUAUGUUGAACAGAAAUCAAUUCUGACAAAUAGCCAAUUCCUCUGAUGAUUAAACUAUUAUUGCAAAGAUUAAUCAACUAUUUUGAUGAAUAAUCGAAUAUUCUGACUGUUCAUCAAUUAAUCUGAUAAAAAAUAUUUGGUAUAUUCUGGAGAUUUUUCAUUUUACUGCAUAAGCAUUUUUAUACAGUGAUGGAAAAACAAAAAUAUAACUAAAUAAUUAUUUUCCUUUUGUAAAUAAGAAAAUUAACAUUGUGUUGCUAAAAUGCUAAACUAAUUUAUUUCUACAGUGAGCAGAUUAUUUUUAGUAAAGGUUUAAUCUGCAGAUUUAAAAAAAUGCUUAAAACAUCAACAUGAGAAAAACUCUGGUCUUUUCAUGUGUGUCGAACUGAUCUGGGGAUUAUUUAUUGGAUUAUCUGAUUAAUAAUUGGGCUGUUGAGCACAUUUUACUGUCCAACAUCUUUUUACAGGAUGUGAAGCUGAACCUGCAUCUGCAGCAGUUCUGGGAAAAACACAUUUAUUUUCAUCUAAAAUGAUAAAUUUAUAUAUAUUUGUACAGUUUUGUCUUAAUUACUGCCAAUUUACCCUUUUUACCUGUAGAAUAUAUUCAAUAUAUUCAUUUAAUGAUUAAUUGAUUAUUAAAUUAGCUGACGAUUAUUUCCUGGUCCCAGUAAACCCAGCUCACCUUACUGGUUCCAGUCCAGCUCCAGUCUGAGUCGUGAUCAAAUCUCCUCGUUUUUCUUCAUUCGUUCAUCAGCAGAAACCACUGCCACACACACACACACACACACACACACCCUGAGACGUGGCCCAGUGGGUGGUUGACGUCCAGUUCGGCUCUCGUUGCUUCGUGACCAAACGAUGUGCAGCUGUUUUUCAGAAAGUGUCAUGUUUGUUAUGAAUUCAUCUAAAAAUGUAAAAAUAAUUAAGAGGAAGCGGGAAGUUUGAAAGAAACGGACUUCAGCUGGUGGAAACCCGUCAUUCUCCGCAGCGCCACACCUGGCCGGCAGGUUAACUGCACCUAACGAGUCAGGCUCCGAGUCCGAACCGGAUUUAAGGAAACCCGUUUCAGAUUUAAUCCAGCUGGGAUGAAAAUCAGAGGAAUAAUUAUUUCGUAUUAAUGUUCUCAGAUGGUGCAGCUGCUGUUUUAAUUUCCAUUAAGUGAUUUAAUUGUCGACGAGUCCAGGCCGUUUACAGCUGAUGUAAAACAGCUGCUGGUGGAUGGGAUGCAGAGGAAACACGAAAAUAAAAUAAAGUAAAGGCUAAAACACAAUAAAUUACCUACCAUCCUUAUUUAAAAUUGAAUUAAGAAUGUAUUUUUGUCAAAACAUUACAUUUCUGUUAAAAUUAGCACAAACCUUUAGAAGCAGCUUCCUGUGGAGGCCAGCAGAGGGGGCUCUGACACAGGCUGCACUCAAACGGAAACAGAAGAAAAGCUGUUGACAAUAAAACGGAAAUAUUCAAGAAACAUUUUAAACAUAUAAGCUUUUUGUUAUGUUAUAAAUUAUGUUUGAGGAUUGAUUUGAUAUUUCAUAUUGUAUAUUUUUGCUGUUUUUAUGCAUUUUUACAAACUAAGCAGUGGAUAAUAAAUCUAACUGUAUAUUUAUUAUUAUUUUACUGCAUUUUUAGCUUUUAUCAGACUUUCUGUAGGACAGUUAGGAGCUUCAGUGUUUUAGGCUGCAGGAUGAGCCCUGGUUAUUAAUUACUAAUGAUUAUUCAUGAUUAUUCCCGUUAUUAUUGAUGAUUAAUGUUGAUUUGGAUCCUUUAAAUCCGGGCUCAGGGACUCGGACCUGCGUCAGUCGACUCGCUCUCACUGCAUCAUUUGAAAUGAAAAGGUCAAAGUUCACCGCCAGCAUCACUCCUUCGCUGCUUCCUGUAUCUGUGGAAAAACGACACAAACAGAAAAAUCAUUUGUCUGAAAUGUGAGGCGAGUCGGAGCGAAGACGCGUCCGCCACGUUGAGUUGGGGAUUUUCUUCAGUUUUUGUUUCCUGGUGUUUUCCUGAGCGGUUCAUGCUGUGUUCUGAUUGGCUGCUUGCCGUGACCGACUCCAUGACGACACAAAGAUUGUUCAUGUUUCUCUUUUUCUACAGUUUCUGCUGUUUUUGAAUCAGUUUUUUAUUCUUUGCAGGACGACUCAGACGCUCAUCUCAUUUUAUUUAUUAAAAAAAUGAUUCAUUUCUAUUCUGGUGAAAUAAAACAAAACCAGGUUUUUCUCCCACAUCCUUCAGCUUCCAGAAAAACAAUUAAAUCUUAUUUUGGAAAAUAUUUACUUUGAAAACUUCUGCAGUGAUCCAUAGUUUAACCUUAGGAACUGAUUUCUGUCUAACACCUGAAGGAUGAAGCAGAUAAUCACAUUUAAUCUCAUUUAUUGUUUAAAUUGUUAGUUUUCUCAUCUACCUGAGCCUCCUUCAUCACCUUUAGCCCCUCCUGAGUGGGUCGGUGUUUGGGGUGGCGCCGUCUGACGUCAUCCUGCUGACGUUGUUUUCAUAUCUGGGUGCAGAAAUGUAACAUGAUGUGAGUGAAGAGCCAGAAUUACAAUAAAAAGGUUUCUAGCAGCUUUCA